AUGGGCUAUUCCGGGCUAUUGAUCAAACUUAUUUUCGUUAGCUUAUUACUACAAACGCAGAGUGCACCAUCUAGAAGAUCGCGCGAUGCAAAACUACCGGAAGAAACGAGCACAAGUCGACAGAGCAAGUUACAAGAGAAAUUUAAAGAGACCACUACCACAGAAGUGACACCUACAAAUAGACGCAAUAAAGCGUUGAACCUCUUUGGAUACUUCCCGUCCUACUUAUCAUCGGGUCUGGAUUACAGUGAGGACGAUGAUGAUGACGUUACAUUCUCUGUAAACGACGAUAACUUCGAUGACGAUGACCUGUCCCGUACAAUACCUUCGAGACGCCGGCAGCAGAACAAGAAGAAAAAUGGCAACGGAGAAACUUUUCCCAACGACAACAUUAACUCCUUGCAAUACGACAACUCACCAAUUUUCUACAUCAGGCUACCUCCAACACCUUACAUGUUUGUCCCGGGCUUGGGGUACGUUUCUCAGCCGCCGAGUCUCGGUCCACCGAUGCCACCGAUGAUGCCCCAGGGUAUGGGACCUCAAGACCCCUUCAUCAACCUCCCGCUAGACUUUGUUUCAAAUGGAAAGCCAACUGGGGUGUACCAGUGGAGCGGAGCACCACAAUUUCCCCAAAUGUCACAGAUGCCAAUGGGACCAUUUAGUUACGGUGGGCCUCAGCCAGUCAUGUCUCCAGCACCUCGCCCUGGCUACAACUCCCCAAGUUAUUCAAAACCGAAGCAACCAAAUAACUCGAAGAUUACCAAUUUGAAGGGGCCGUACGUAUUUAAUGGAAAACCAAGCGACAGCGUGUACGUGCUACGAGACACAUACAACUCCAUAUACUCUGAUGCUCUACAGAAUUUCUAUCCUUAG